CUCAGAGAAGUUUUUUUUCCCCCUUCUUCUUUCCACGUUGUUCAGUCUGUGAUUAGUGAUAUGGAUGAAAGCUGGAGCAGAGCACAUCUCCAUAAGCAUCUUACUGUCUGACUCCAGAUUUAUUUACUUUUUAAAUUUUUUUUUACUUCUGCCAGGGUAGAGUUGAUGGUGAUGCAUGUAUGUGUGAAGCACAAUGGUGUGGUUUCUGGAAGGGGUGUGCUUCUUGCCAACAUUUGUGGUCAUCUGGUCCUCGAUCACUUUUAUAGUGAACUAUCUCAUCGCCCUGUUCCGCGAGGACGUGGAUGUGAUCUUCCCGUACAUCAGUGAUACAGGAGCGACCCCUCCGGAGAGCUGCAUAUUUGGCCUCAUGGCAACAAUUUCAGCUUUUGCAGGGUUUGCCACCAUGUUUGCCAGAUAUAAGUUUGUGCAGAAGCUGAUUGAGAAAACAGGGGGCGUACCUCCUAAUCUGAACUUGGCUGCUUUCAUCUUCGCCACACUCUCUUGUAUAGGAAUGUGUUUUGUGGCAACAUUUCAGGAGACACAGGUGACGGCUGUCCAUGACACUGGAGCCUUAAUGUUCUUCAUUUCUGGAGUGGUUUACAUCAUACUACAGACCAUAAUCUCGUACAAAGUUCAUCCUUAUGGAUCUUCAAAGCGCAUGUGUCAUAUUCGAACUGCCUUUUCCGUGGUGGCUUUCUUGGCAGUAAUUCCAACUCUUCUUUGUGCAUCAUUUCUGACUAUAAGCAAAUUGCACUGGACUCCAGAAGACAAGGGCUACACACUCCAUGUUGUGAGCGCUGUGAGUGAGUGGAUAGCUGCCUUCACUUUUGUCUUCUUCUUCUUCACAUACAUACAGGAGUUCAAGCAGUUCACUUUGAAAGUGAACGUCGAGAUACUGGAGUUUACAUGAGUCCAAUGUUACAACCGUCACUGUGAUUUCACUAUGUAUGUACUAUGUAUGUACAUGACUAUGAUUAUAUGUAUGAGUUUGUAUGUUUUUAAAAAAAAAAUCAAACUGUCUUGAUGAUUUUUAUAAGUGAAUUUUAUUUUUAUACUCUGUUUGUAUGUUAUUUAAUCACACAGUCCUGAAGAUUGAAUUUAGCACAUUCACAACAAUGAUCUAUAAUAAUACAAUUAUAGCUUUUGCACUUUAAUCCAUGUUGCUGUAACGCUGAUCAACUGUUAACAGUAAUCCAGCAAUAAAAGGAUGCAAUUACACAAUG